AAAAAUGGCGCCGUAUAGUCGGACAGGAAGUGGCCCGUGAACUCGGAGUAGUGCGCGGAUAUUGUGUGCUUGGAUCACGGAGGUGAAGACACAUUUUAGCGGCCCGGAUCUACUCGGCUAUGAGGUACUAACGAGGAUGGGCCACACAGAGGAAUCUGCAAGUGUCUGCGUGGGUUUCUAAUAUACGGAAGUAAGAAAACUUAACUCGUAAAAGAUGAAUUCCAACCCGGGAGGCGCUUUCCGGAAAAGGAAUAGAGGAUUUAAAAAGAAAAAACAAAUAUGGCAUAUGUAUAUGAGAGAAUCUGGACAGAAGGGGAAGCCAGGACAGUCGGUAGAACCUGCACAAGGACCGUCGGGAGAGUCGGCGGAACCCGUGCACCAAGAAGUGUCAGGGGAACCUACACAGCAGGGAGAGCUAGGGCAGCCAGCGACGCCAGGACAAGCAAAGAAACCUUGGCAGCAGAGAAAGCCAGGACAGGCGGGGGGGUCUGCACAGCAGGGAAAGCCAGGACAGGCGGGGGGGUCUGCACAGCAGGGAAAGCCAGGACAGGCGGGGGGAUCUGCACAGCAGGGAAAGCCAGGAGAAGCAAAGAAACCUUGGCAGAAGAGAAAGCCAGGACAGGUGGGGAGAUUUGCACAGCAGGGAAAGCCAGGACAAGCAAAUAAACCAUGGCAGCAAGGAAGGAACCAAUCGGAGCGGCAAGCUCUGAGAACACAGCAGAGACUAGCAAAGUUUCAGAAAAAACAAGCAAUGCUGAAGAGACUACAAGACUUGGGGUACCAAUCGGCCAAGCCAAUGGCAGCAGCUCAGUUUAGAAACCCUUCAAACAAGUGUGUGGUCUGUGCUUUCCCAGUGCACAAGAGUGAACACAAAGCUCAUUAUGAGUCAUCGCUACACAAGGAUGUGGUGGAAUUUAAGAAGCAAUGUAUGUGGGAGGGAAAACAUUCAUCUACGCUGCAGGAGGCAAUAGAAAAAAUCGACAGAACUAAAGCAGAUUUGGAAAAAGCCCGUAUAGAAGAAAAAAAUGAAAGAAAAUAUGCCAAUAAAAAAAACAAAGAGGGUUCACCCCAAAAGGGAGCACCAGAUGGAGAAGCGCUUGACCAAGGAGCACCCAACGAGUUGUCCAACGAGGAGGCACCUGAGGUGGCGGUGGCGUCUGACGAGGAAGCACCUGAGGUGGCGGCGGCGUCUGACAAGGAAGCACCUGAGGUGGAGUUGUCUAACAUGGAGGGACCCGAGAUGGAGUCAACCAACGUGGAGGGACCCGAGGUGGAGUCAACCAACGUGGAGGGACCCGAGGUGGAGUCAACCAACGUGGAGGGACCCGAGGUGGAGUCAACCAACGUGGAGGGACCCGAGGUGGAGUCAACCAACGUGGAGGGACCCGAGGUGGAGUCAACCAACAUGGAGGGACCCGAGAUGGAGUCAACCAACAUGGAAGCACCCGAGAUGGAGUCAACCAACAAGGAGGUACUCGACAUAGAAACCUCCGACAUGGCAGCACCUAAUGAGUCGUCUGAAAGGGAAGCGCAUGAAAAGGAGUCUGAGACCCCUGACAUGGGAGACGCCGACAUGGAAACCUCUGAUAUGGGAGCCCCCAACAUGGAAUCCUCCGGUAUUGAAGCCCCAGACAAGGAAGUGGUUGACAUGGAAACACAUGAUAUAGAAUGGGCUGCCACAGAAGGACCCGAAAAUGAGUCCUCCAGUAAGGAAGCAGUUGACAUGGAAACACCUGACAAGGAAGCGCCCAAAAAAGAAUUGCCUGGCAAGAAAUAUCGUGAUUGGGAACGAUUUUACUCACACAUUGGAUAUGUUGGUCUCGAUUACGUUUUGGAGUAUCUUCCAGAUGAAUCCGGCAAUCGCACCUAUUUUUGCAAACUGUGCCAGGCAGAGUUUAGAACAAGGUCCAUAUUUUAUCACGUCCAGUCAGUUGAGCACCGGGUCUUGUUCUUGUCCAAGCAUUACAAAACCAUAGGCAUUGGUAGAAAUUUCAAAGUAAACACCGAGAAAAAGUACAGGCAGUUAUCGAAAUGUGUCCAAAGUAUAGAGAGAAAAUAUGGAAGGAAAGAUAUAAAGGUUCUCCAAAAAGUUUAUGUAAAGCCAGAACCUAAAGAACUUCCAGGAAGGAAAAUUAAAGCCGACCCUUUGUUUAAGAAACGUGAUGUUGAUUUGAGGACUGAGCGCCCAGACGAUCGAUUUUUGGGAGUCUCUCCAGGUCGACGCAAUCGAUCCUUCCCCAAAGCUCUUCAGGGUGACCCAAGAAAUCUCCGGGAUGCUGAAUUCUCCAAGUUUGGCUUUCCCCAGGCCACAAGGAUGGAAAGAGACCCAUUUCUACGCGAUGUUGAGGAACAGCUUUUGGAAAUUGAAAGAUUUCGCCGGUUAGGUGUAGACGAGGCUCGUUUACGACAUGCUUUCGGGGAUGAACACUAUUCAAUGAGCCAAAAAGAACUAAUGAUGCGCCGUCGGGCCAGUGAUGGUCCAUACCCGAUGGGUAACAAAGACUUAAUGAUGCGUCGUCUUUCCGGUGAUGGACAGUACCCAAUGAGUCGAGAAGAUGUAAUGAUGCGCCGUCUUUCCGGUGAUGGACAGUACCCAAUGAGUCAAAAAGAUGUAAUGAUGCGCCGUCUUUCCAGUGAUGGGCAGUACCCAAUGAGUCAAGAUCGGAUGAUGCACCCUCCUUCCAGUGAAGACCAACCUCGAAGGAGUCGAGAUGAAGUUAUGUUGUUGUUGCAGCGUACUAUCUUGGAUGCCCAAUCUUCAGAAAAUCAGGAAGGAGCUGGGUUGCAGCGUGGCUUUAGCGAUGACCGACCCAUGAUGAGCCGUGAAUGGGCAGCUUUGCGCCCGUCAUCUGCUGAUGCCCAAAGUGGAAUGAGUCAAGAGCGUUCAGCAAUGGGCCAUGCUGGUGGCUAUCCUACAAGGAGUCAAGAGCCUUCAACAAUGGGCCAUCCUGCUGCUGGUGGCUAUCCUACAAGGAGUCAAGAGCCUUCAGCAAUGGGCCAUUCUGCUGCUGGUGGCUAUCCUACAAGGAGUCAAGAACCUUCAGCAAUGGGCCAUCCUGCUGCUGGUGGCUAUCCUACAAGGAGUCAAGAAACUUCAGCAAUGGGCCAUCCUGCUGCUGGUGGCUAUCCUAAAAUGAGCCAGAGAGACUCUUGGAAGAGACCAACUGGAAACGUCCAACCCUCAGCCGUUUCAAAAUCGACAGAAGCUGAAGACGACUUCCGAAUUCCCCCUGCACUGGUCCCAACUGCGAUGAGUCAUAGACUGAUAGAAUUACGCCGCGCUGUUAUGAUGAACCCAUAUACAAAGGGUGAUCGAGGAAAAACUUUUAAAGAAUUAAAGAUGGCUUGGGCAAAUGACAUAAAGGACAAAAUGAAGAGCGGAGAGAUGCCUUUGGAAGGCUACAAAGAAAAGGAUCCUGACAAGUGUGAGCUGGAGGACUUCUGGUGCAAUGACGAGCUCUAUGAUUACUUGGCACGCUUUACCGUGGAAGGCAAAGACGACGUCCAAUACGUGUUGAAAAUCACUGAAGGCUUUUCGAAUGCCUUGAUGCGGCACAAGAAACGCACGGAAGAGAUAAAGGCCAAGAUUUUGGAGGAAAAAAAGAAAUUGGAAAAGGAGAAACAGGCCUUUCUGAAGAAACCCGGGGCUACUAAAGCACUUCAGAGCGUAAAAGAGCGAGCAAAGUCCCCUCCGCCUGGAGCGCCUCCUAGAAAACAAGCCCGCUCAGAACUCAGCUCCAGUGCCAAGCCUCUGUUUCCCAGUGCUUCUUCCAUAAGCCCCGCCGCCGCUGCCACCGCCGCACCCGCUCCUCCGCCUAAAUCUCAGAUGAACCUUUCGUUUGACUCCUACCGCCCUACAGAACCUGGAGGAAACCGCAGACAGCAAAAGCAACAGAGGGGCCCUGCGGGAAGGCAGGCACAGCCUCAACCAAAGAAAACGUUUGUAGCAGCAUCUGGUAGACCUCAAGGAGCGCCGACAGUAAGCACAAAUCCACCAAAGCAAUCGCCCACCUCCCCGGCCAAUCAGUCUGGAACUAAUCCCAAUGCAAAACCGUCCCCUGUGAAGGAUCCAAGCAAACCUGGUCUUGCUUCUAGCACGCAACCUACUUCAAGUCGGCAAACUCUUGGCCCCAAAGGUAAUAGACAAGACUCUGUCGAUGAGAUGAAGCCAUCCUUGAAUCAGUCAAGACCAACUUCAGUUGGGCAACAGAGACCAACUUUUAAUCAGCCAAGACCAACCAUGAAUGACGACCAAUCCUCAAAGAAUGCAUUGGACCAACCUUUUGAUCAGUCAAGAUCAUCCACGAUUGGCUCAAGGCCACCUAUGCAUGACUCAAGACCACCAACAAAUGAAUCCAGGCCAUCCUGGCAUGAUCAGAGGUCAUCUUUUGAUCAGUCAAGACCAGCUAUUAAUGAGCCAAGAUCAGGCAUGAAUGCUACAAGACAGCAAUUUGAAUCAAGACCAGCCUAUGGUGAGAUGAAAUCAUCUCUGAAUGAGCCAAGGCCACCAUUCAGUGGGUCAAGACAACCAGAGACGAGACCAUCCUUCAGUGGGUCAAGACCACUAGAACCAAGGGAACUUUUGGCUCGUGAAUCAAGAGUACUCGUCAAUGAAUCAAAACCACCCGAAACAAAGCGUCCUUACAGUGAGUCAGGACUAUCUGAGCCAAGGCCAAACUUUAGUGAGCCAAGGCCACUACAACCAAGGCCAACCUUCAAUGAGUCAAGACAACCAGAAUCAAGGCCACCCUACGAGUCGAGACCACAGCAGCCAAGGCAACCCUACAGCGAGUUGAAACCACAGCAGCCAAGGCAACCCUACAGCGAGUCAAGACCACAGCAGCCGAGACAACCCUACAACGACUCAAGACCACAGCAGCCAAGGCAGCCCUACGGCGAGUCAAGGCCACUGGAGCCAAGGCAGCCCUACGGCGAGUCAAGGCCCUUGGAGCCAAGACAGCCCUACGGCGAGUCAAGGCCCUUGGAGCCAAGACAGCCCUACGGCGAGUCAAGGCCCUUGGAGCCAAGACAGCCCUACGGCGAGUCAAGGCCCUUGGAGCCAAGGCAACCCUACGGCGAGUCCAGAUCACUGGAGCCAAGGCAACCCUACGGCGAGUCCAGACCACUGGAGCCAAGGCAACCCUACGGCGAGUCCAGACCACUGGAGCCAAGGCAACCCUACGGCGAGUCCAGACCACUGGAGCCAAGGCAACCCUACGGCGAGUCCAGACCACUGGAGCCAAGGCAACCCUACGGCGAGUCCAGACCACUGGAGCCAAGGCAACCCUACGGCGAGUCCAGACCACUGGAGCCAAGGCAACCCUACAGCGAGUCCAGACCACUGGAGCCAAGGCAACCCUACGGCGAGUCCAGACCACUGGGGCCAAGGCAACCCUACGGCGAGUCCAGACCACUGGAGCCAAGGCAACCCUACGGCGAGUCCAGACCACUGGAGCCAAGGCAACCCUACGGCGAGUCCAGACCACUGGAGCCAAGGCAACCCUACGGCGAGUCCAGACCACUGGAGCCAAGGCAACCCUACGGCGAGUCCAGACCACUGGAGCCAAGGCAACCCUACGGCGAGUCCAGACCACUGGAGCCAAGGCAACCCUACGGCGAGUCCAGACCACUGGAGCCAAGGCAACCCUACGGCGAGUCCAGACCACUGGGGCCAAGGCAACCCUACGGCGAGUCCGGACCCCCAGGGCCCAGGCAACCCAACAUUGAGUCCAAACCACCGGAGCCCAGGCAACCCAACAUUGAGUCCAAACCACCGGAGCCCAGGCAACCCAAUAUUGAGUCCAAACCACCGGAGCCCAGGCAACCCAACAUUGAGUCCAAACCACCGGAGCCAAGGCAACCCAACAUUGAGUCUAAACCACCGGAGCCAAAACAACCCUACAGUGAGCCGAAACCACCGGAGCCAAGGCAACCCUACAGUGAGCCGAAACCACCGGAGCCAAGGGAACCUCUCAGUGAGUCAAGACCACCAGAGCCAAAGCAACCUUUAACUGAGUCAAGACCACCAGAACCAAGGGAAUCUAGACUGCCCUUAAAUCAGUCGGGAACACCCUUCAAUCAACAGAGCUCUUCCUUCAGUCAGUCAAGACCUGCCUUUAAUGAUGCGAGGCAAUCAUUAAAUCAGCCAAGUCUUCCUUUUAAUAAUUCCAUACAACCACCACCUUUAAAUCAGCCAAGAACAUACUAUGAAGCAAAUACUGGUUACACCCAGAGCGGGAGCUAUUCCAGCAUGCAGUACGGUAGCGUUGGAUCCACUGUUGCUCCGACCCCAGCUCCAACCCAAGCCCCAUCCUAUGGACCUGUACCUGGAAGAUAUGAUGGCUACAUGAACAGUUAUGGCUCUUAUGGCUAUUCAAGUUCCAGUUAUGGUGCCUCCUAUCCUGCCAGUGAGCAAAGACCUCCAUACAGUGCGCCCACUAACAGGCCUCCAGAACCUCCGAGCCUAACACCUGCAGUACCCGUAGCAACGCCGUCAUACAACAUGUAUCAAGGCCAGUGGCCCAGUCAGAUGCCGCCUCCUAGUGCAGGUACCUACGCUGGAGCCGGCGCAACUGCGACAGGAUACCAAGCAAGCCAAGGAGCCACAAAAUUUUCAUGAGAUCCGGAAAGAACUGGAACUUGAAGAGAAUCUUGCAAAGUUUUGCAUCUUUAAUUACAUCACCGUAUAAUUUUAUGCAUUUUCCCUGGUUUAACCGUAGUUUCCAGUUUAAGUCACCUUUCCUUAAAUUGUAGAAACCGGACACUUAAAAUGCUUUUUUUUUCUUUUCUUUUCUUUUUUUACUGUCGUAGUUAAAUUGUGAGUGUAAAUAAGAAAUCACAGUAGAACAAAGUUCUGAAUUGAGACUUUUUAAAUUGAUGUGUUCUAAAACUCUUGUAACCAUCCACUUGUGUAUGUAAGUUUUAAUAGCUUUUUGUUGUAAGAAAUAAAAAAUAAAAAUAAA